CCCCCCCCGGCCUCUCUCUCUCUUUCGACAGGGAAGCUUCAAGAUCCUUACCCCCCACUAUAUUUUCUCUUCUGAUUCGUACAUCUUGUCCUUCUAUUUUUCUUUUCUUACUUCUUGUCCAGUGGGGUUUUUGCGUUUUCUCUUUAAUUGCCUUAAAUCUGGGGUAAUAAGGGAAGCGAGCUAAAAUCAAAGUACCAUCUAGUGAUUAUCUAUAAUCAUGGCUAAUACUGCUGCGGCUUGUGCGGAGAGGGCUACCAAUGAUAUGUUGAUUGGUCCUGACUGGGCUGUCAACAUUGAGCUAUGUGAUAUCAUCAACAUGGAUCCUGGGCAAGCAAAGGAUGCCUUGAAAAUACUCAAGAAGCGACUAGGCAGCAAAAAUCCUAAAAUCCAACUCCUAGCUCUUUUUGCAUUGGAGACACUAAGCAAAAAUUGUGGUGACAGUGUGUUUCAGCAAAUCAUUGAACGUGAUAUCUUACAUGAUAUGGUUAAAAUAGUAAAAAAGAAGCCUGAUUUAAAUGUGCGAGAAAAGAUACUUCUUCUGAUAGAUGCAUGGCAAGAAGCUUUCGAGGGACCAAGAGGAAGGUAUCCUCAAUAUCAUGCUGCAUAUAAUGAACUAAGGUCUGCAGGGGUUGAAUUUCCACCUCGAGCAGAGAACAGUGUACCAUUCUUCACUCCUCCCCAAACACAGCCUAUAGCUGAUGUACCUUCAGCAUAUGAAGAUGCUGCUAUUCAAGCCUCUCUGCAGUCUGAUGCUUCUGGCCUCAGCUUGCAUGAGAUUCAAAAUGCUCGUGGAUUAGCAGAUGUGUUAAUGGAAAUGCUUAGUGCCUUGGAUCCCAAAAACCCUGAGGGUGUAAAGCAAGAAGUGGUUGUCGACCUUGUUGACCAGUGCCGUUCUUACCAAAAGCGUGUCAUGCUUCUUGUUAAUAAUACAACAGACGAGGGGCUUCUAUUUCAGGGACUAGCACUGAAUGAUGACCUGCAGCGGGUACUCCGUCAGCAUGAUGAUUUUGCGAAAGGAAUCCCUGGUGUGGGAGAAAGGGAAAUGGAAACUCCAGUUGUGCCUCUUGCUAAUAUUAACCAUGAGGAUGAUGAGUCGGAAGAUGAUUUUACCCAGCUGGCGCACAGGUCAUCAAGAGAUAAUUCACAAGGACUGGGCCAGAAACCAGUCAGUGUUAGGACUCAACCAGGACCAGUCAGCCCAUUUCUUCCUCCUCCUCCCUUGUCAAAGAAUCCAGUCAACAAGGAGACGGGCAUGAUUGAUUAUCUCAGUGGUGAUGUCUACAAGUCUGAAGGAUCCCCUCAAAUAUCAGAACCUACACCCUUUGAAGUCCCAAUGCAUUCCAACGUAAGCUCAUCGCCACCAUAUUCUCCAACGGUAUCGGCCUCAUCUCCUCCCUCCAGUGCUGUGAACUCUUCUCCUGUGCUAACUGGACAUCCUGUGUUUGACGAACCAGCUCCAUUAAGCCAAUCUGGUGAACGGCUGCCCCCAGCUCCUUGGGACGCACAGCCCACUGGAUCUCUUCCACCACCGCCUUCCAGGUAUAAUCAAAGACAGCAGUUCUUUGAGCAUAAUAUCGGUGUUGUAGGUGGUGCUUCUCAUUCAAGCAGCGGAUCUGGUUCUUCUUAUGACAGCUUAGCUGUUCAAACCCAAAAUCUCUCUCUUAAUUCAUCUACCCCUCCAAAACAAGCAAAACCAGAAGAUGCACUCUUCAAAGACCUGGUUGAUUUUGCAAAAUCCAAGUCAUCUUCAACGUCCAAACCCAACAACAGGUCAUUUUGAGGGAGUGAGUUUUUGGUAUAGUUCAUCCGUGUUGGUACAGUUUCUGAUUGCUUUUGGAUCAUCAGGUUUGCAUCAGACCAUGGGAUUGAUUGCCUGUUUACUUAAUAAAAGUCCGGUUUAAACUUUGGCUUAUGUCAUCUAUGCUGUUUAGCAGAGGUUUAUGUUGAGAGGAGAUCAUGAACUGCAUGCUGAAUUAAUUUUAGUACACAAGUAUUUAGAAUGUGUUUGUAUCAUAUUGUUGCGCUCACAUCCCAGCAGCUUGUGUUUUUUAUUUUCAAAAUUUUAACCCCA